UGGACCGAGGUUCGUCUCAGAGUGGGCACGCAGAGUCGAGUGCCGGUGCUCCAGGCCUGUGGAAAAAGCAUACGGAGAACAGUGAUGAGUCAGUGGAUGGAGCGGAAAGACGCCCACCAUCUGCUGAUGGAUCUGUCUUUCACCCAAGAAGAGGAGCCGUCUAGUCAGCUCGGCCCUCUGCAGGUUCACCUUUUUGACUCAAACACACCUCUCCCAAGAUUUCAGUAUGGCUGGAAAGUCUUGGACCUUCAGACCUCCAGUCCGUUCCCCGUCACUGUCACUCCAAACCAGAUCUCCAGCCACAUGAACCGCAGCGUGGCCCUGAGCCUGGGCCCCGUCAGCCUCCGAGGCUUCCAGCUGGCCUUCUCCUACUCAGGAGCGUGUGUGCUCCUCGCAUCCAUCAGACUCUACUACAGGAGGUGCCCCGACAUCGUGGCUCACCUGGCCUUGUUUAAUGGGACAGGGGCCCUGUCGGGUCCCCUGAUGGGCUCCUGUGUGAAGGGAGCUGUGGAGGUUUCUCCCCCUGUUAGAGAGUGCACUGUGGAUGGAGUGUGGGGUCCUCUGCAGGGGGGAUGCACUUGUGAACCUGGGCGACAAGUCUUAGAUGACACCUGUCAAGCAUGCAGGAUGGGCCACUACAGAGCAGCCAGUGAGAGCGGAGGAUGCCGACUGUGUCCACAGAACAGCGGGACGCAGGGGGAGGGAUCCCAGAGGUGCGACUGUCUGCAGGGUUUCAGCCGCCUGCCCACUGACCCUGAUGACCUUGGCUGCACCAGUAAGAAACACCCA